AAAUAUAAAUUUAUUUCAUUAAAUCCUAUUCAAAAUGACAAUCUUCUCGUGGGAAGUCAUCCUAACAUCGAUAGCCUUCAUCCUCUAUUACCUGUAUUACAGGAAAUUCAAAUUCUUUUCAAUCGUUGAGGAAUUGGAACAACACAAUAUAAGAAACAAAUUGCCUAGAGGAAAAUGCCCUCCCUCUUAUCCAAAUGGCUGGUAUCGUCUAUGUAGAUCUGGGGAGUUGUAAUCAGGAGAAGUGAGAGAAAUCAAAUUGUGUGGUAGACACAUAGCAUACUAUCGAGGAACUGAUAAAACAGUGUAUGCAGUAGCUGCUUAUUGUCCACAUAUGGGUGCUAAUUUAGGAAUUGGAGGCUAAGUAAAAUUCAGAUCCUGCAUAGAAUGUCCAUUCCAUGGAUGGGCUUUCGACGGUAAAAGUGGCUUAUGUGUUAACUCUGAUAAAUUAGAUCCUAAAGUAGUUUCAACAUAUUGUUAUCCUGACAUUGAGAGAGUAACCAAAAACCAGAAAGGAGAGUAUCUAUAGAAAAUAUCUGAUGGAGAAGUUAAAAUUAAAACUUAUCUUGUCAAAGAACUCAAAGGAAUCGUAUAUAUUUGGCUGCAUUCCAAAGAAUCAAAACCAUGGUACGAUCUAGUGAAUGAGUAAAGUGAACAUCUGAAUUUGAGAGCUGAGAGUGUAAAUUAUGUGAAUUGCCACAUUCAAGAAAUUCCUGAAAAUGGCGCUGAUAUGAAACAUUUUGAUUAUGUUCAUUAUUCGGCUAUGGAUAUCAUACCCUCAUGGUUGGUAUAACUAAGAUGGGAGAUGAGAACUAAAAAUGCCAAAGAUCCAGAUUUCUUGGAGAAAAUGACUCAUCCAGUUGAAAAGUGUAGAACUUACUAGAAAUCUUUAUUUGAUCAAUAUCUUGUCAACAAAGAACUCAUUCCAUAUUUGAAUGUUUUGUUGUUAGAUGGAUAUGUCAUUCUGUUUAAUAAGUACAAAUUCCAUGCUGUUUGGGCGACUGGAUUCUAGAUGGGUCCAGCAACAGUUGCAUUAUACGUUAAGAGUGCCAUCUUUGAGGUACUAUUUAAGUAGGCAAUCUAACCUGUGGAAAAAUUCACAUAAAAAGUCUAUCACACUGUAUUUACAAAUAAUUACUUACCUUAUUGGGUAUCGGCUUAUCUUCUUCAUGCUGAAUUAAGAUAGGUGAUAUUCGAUGUCAAAUUGUGGAAUGCUAAGAUAUUUUCAGAAACCCUAAGAUAUAAUAUGAAAUCUCAGGCUGACCAAGCCUUAUUAAAUUGGAGAUAAUGGUAUUCCCAAUUUUACGAAGGUUCUGCUGAUUUUGAGAAGAGUUUAGAUGUAUUGGAAUGGUGA